UUUCUACCACGUUGGAUGGCUCUGAUGGAACGCUCGUGACGUGGCAAAAUUUAUACUUUACAGUCUACGUAUGCGUUGGUGCAGUGAUCUAGGUGGUGUUCAUAUAAAUUAGGUUUUGUGCUGUAUCUUUUAGUUGAGACACAUUUGAAUGCGCAAGGAAAAGAAUAGUUUUGUUAUUUCAAAGCGCGCAGUUGGCUACAGCUGCAGAAUUCAUCUAGCAUUACUAGAUAGGCGAAGUAAGUAAAGUUCGGCUACUUUUCUUGUUAGCUCGCUCAAGUCAACCUACAUACCUACAGCUUCGGAAUUGGCCGACAGUUGUCCCAGUGCUGUACUAGGCGACUUUAGCCCAGGAUUUCUGACCGAUAAUGGGUCUCACUAUUUCGAGUGUCUUCUCUCGUCUGUUUGGAAAAAAGCAGAUGAGGAUUCUAAUGGUUGGACUAGAUGCUGCAGGGAAAACAACAAUACUCUACAAACUUAAACUCGGGGAAAUUGUCACCACAAUUCCUACUAUUGGGUUCAAUGUGGAGACAGUAGAGUACAAGAACAUUAGCUUCACUGUAUGGGAUGUGGGUGGCCAAGACAAGAUUCGACCCCUGUGGAGGCAUUACUUCCAGAACACUCAGGGCCUCAUCUUUGUGGUGGACAGUAAUGAUCGUGAAAGGAUACAAGAGGCUGCUGAAGAGCUACAGAAAAUGUUGCAGGAGGAUGAGCUGAAAGAUGCUGUGCUGCUUGUCUUUGCCAACAAACAGGACUUGCCCAAUGCAAUGGCCAUCAGUGACCUUACUGACAAACUGGGCCUUCAGGCACUCAGGAGCAGAACUUGGUAUGUACAGGCAACCUGUGCACCUCAAGGAACAGGUCUAUAUGAGGGACUGGACUGGCUGUCUGACGAGCUCGCUAAACGCUAAAGAUGUGGCCGUGUACUUCAUGGAGUCAUAACAACCAAGGAUAUGAUUACCAAGAUGGAC